CAAUACUUUUCUUCUUCUGUUCCACCCGACGCACUUUCUUUUCUCUCUCUCAACAAUUGUUCUCCCUCGGAGAAGAAGAAACAGAACAGUAACAAGAGCCCCCGACAGAAGCACGGAGCUCCCUCCAAUAAUCUAAAUUCUUUAUUCUCGCUCGUGCCUUUUGCAUCUCUGUUUCGUUUUAUCUUCUGUUUAUUUAAAUUCCGCAACUGCUUCACAUCUCGAUCCCCUUUAACUGCUGCAUUCAAUUUCAGAAGUUGAAGGUACACUGUGCCUGCACAAACUUGAGACACUGGUUCGGUAAAGAAAUCAUUAGAGAAAUAUGCAUUAUGGUUUCCCAAAGGCUUCAGAAGUGUAGGAGCGUAUUCCAGGUUUCUGGGGACUGCCCAUCUGGUUAAUCUGUUUGAGACAUUGUCAAGUGAUGUUGGCAAGCAAAGGUCUCACUUCAGAAACUUUAGAAAAUGGUGGCUAUAUCUGAUAUCCGCCAUCUGUGCUUGGGUUGUAGUUCAUGAGAUUCCUGGCCUCUUUUGUUGCUAUAGAGUUGGUUUUAUGUGUUUAUGGUUGCUGGUGGAAGUUAUGUUUAGUUAACAGAGUACGCAAAGAACAACUGAAGCAUGUUUCUUACCUCAUCUUGACAAUAAAUGGAAAAGAUGGCUCUUCAGAAAAAUGUUCCUUCCGGUGAUUCAGUUUCUAUUAGAAUGAAAUCAUUGAGUUUCUCCAGCAAGGUGCCCCAGAAUGGUCAGCUUGUAGAUCCAGAAACCAGUCGGACUCUGGAGCCAGAUAUUGAUGUUGACCUAAGGGAAAUAUAUUUCUUGAUUAUGCAUUUCCUCUCAGCUGGACCUUGUCAGAGGACUUAUGUACAGUGUUGGAACGAGCUUCUUGAUCACCAGCUUCUGCCUCGAAGAUAUCAUGCUUGGUACUCAAGAUCCGGGGUACGUAGUGGAGAUGAAAAUGAUGAUGGCAAAUCAUUUCCACUGAACUAUACUGACUUGGUUAAGAGGUAUCCUCACAUUGAAAGGGAUCACUUGGUAAAGCUUCUGAAGCAAUUGAUUGUAAGUAAGGCCUCCCCAUCACAAGGCAUAGGUGGUGGAAAUGCUCCAAAUGCAGCAGAUGUUCCUACUCUUCUGGGAAUGGGGUCAUUUUCACUUUUGAGCUAUGAUGGAAGUAAAGGAAAGAAUGAAAUUAAACAACCACCUAUUGGCAUGCGUUGGCCUCAUACUCGUGCUGAUCAGGUUCGUGGGUUAAGUUUGAGGGAAAUUGGGGGUGGUUUCACAAGACACCAUCGUGCACCGUCUAUUCGUGCAGCAUGUUAUGCCAUUGCAAAACCACGUACGAUGGUGCAAAAGAUGCAAAAUUUGAAGAGGCUACGUGGACACCGGAAUGCUGUCUACUGUGCUACAUUUGAUCGUUCAGGCAGAUAUGUUGUCACUGGUUCGGAUGACCGUCUUGUAAAAAUAUGGUCAAUGGAGACUGCGUACUGUUUGGCCAGCUGCCGUGGGCACGAAGGUGAUAUAACUGACUUGGCUGUGAGUUCCAACAAUGCCAUUGUAGCUUCCUCAUCAAACGACUGCAUCAUUCGUGUUUGGCGAUUGCCAGAUGGGUUGCCAAUUUCUGUUCUGCGUGGACAUACUGGAGCUGUUACUGCCAUUGCAUUUAAUCCCAAACCUGGUUGUGCCGGCCAGCUUUUAUCGUCAUCUGAUGAUGGCACAUGUAGGAUAUGGGAUGCUAGAAGUUCCCAGUCUAGUCCUCGGAUAUAUAUUCCUAGGCCUUCAGUCUCUGUUGGUGGGAAGAACAGUGGUCCAUCCUCUAGCAAUGGCCGGCAGAACCAUCAAAUAUUUUGCUGUGCUUUCAAUGCUAAUGGAUCUGUCUUUGUUACCGGUAGCUCAGACAGUCUUGCUAGAGUAUAUUUGGUUUGCAAUACUCCAAGGUCAAAUGCUGAUGACUCAGACCAACCAACUCAUGAGAUAGAUGUGUUAGCUGGCCAUGAAAAUGAUGUGAAUUAUGUACAGUUUAGUGGUUGUGCUGUGGCAUCAAGGUUUUCAAUAGCAGACUGCUCAAAAGAAGAGAAUGUUCCGAAGUUUAAGAAUUUGCGGUUUUCUCAUGACAACAUAGUUACUUGUUCUCGCGAUGGAAGUGCAAUCAUUUGGGUUCCAAGGUCACGAAGAUCACAUGGAAAAAAUUGUCGUUGGACAAGGGCUUAUCACCUCAAAGUUCCACCUCCACCAGCACCUCCUCAACCUCCCAGAGGGGGUCCACGCCAAAGAAUUCUUCCCACUCCUCGAGGUGUUAAUAUGAUUGUGUGGAGCCUAGAUAAUCGCUUUGUGCUUGCAGCUAUCAUGGAUUGCAGAAUUUGUGUGUGGAAUGCUGCUGAUGGUAGCUUAGUUCAUUCUUUGACUGGGCAUACUGAAUCAACUUAUGUUCUGGAUGUUCAUCCCCUCAAUCCGCGGAUAGCUAUGAGUGCUGGCUAUGAUGGAAAAUUGAUAGUCUGGGAUAUAUGGGAAGGCAAUCCAAUCCGAGUAUAUGAACUCUCACGUUUCAAAUUGGUUGAUGGGAAGUUUUCACCGGAUGGAACAUCUAUUACCCUUUCGGAUGAUGUUGGUCAGUUAUACACAUUAAGCACUGGCCAAGGAGAGUCACAGAAAGAUGCUAAAUAUGAUCAGUUCUACCUCGGUGACUAUCGCCCAAUUAUUCAAGAUGCACAUGGAAAUGUCCUUGACCAGGAAACUCAACUUACACCUUACAGGCGGAAUAUCGAAGAUCCCCUUUGUGACUCAGGUAUGAUUCCCUACCCAGAACCCUAUCAAACCAUGUUCCAGCAACGACGGUUGGGAGCUUUGGGUAGAGAGUGGCGUCCUUCUUCUUUAAAACUCACUGUGGGGCCAGAUAUCACUCUAGACCUGGAUUACCAGAUGCCACCCUUAGCAGAUUUGGACAUAGUAAUUGAUCCACUGCCAGAAUUUUUGGAUGCCAUGGAUUGGGAACCAGAAAAUGAAGUGCAAAGUGACGACGCUGACUCAGAGUACAAUGUUACUGAAGAGUACUCAACUGGAGGGGAGCAAGGAAGUCGAUAUGACGAUGAUUGUGUUUUGAACAUGAAAUAUAAUCCAGCACCAGAAGUGCCUAAGUGUGAUGAAGAUGAUAGGACUGAGCCAGCUCAUGUGGAUGACGAAUUACGAGAACUGGAUGCUCGGACUGAUAAAGUUUGCUCCUCUGGUUUGCCCAAUUCAGGGCUUCUCUCGCAUUCAAAAAAGAUGUAUGAUGUUGUCUAUAGAAGGUCAAAGUUGCACAAGGGUAGGACUAAUUCAGAAGGGAAUCCUGGUGUUAGGGGAGAAAAAAAUACCAAUGCACAUAACCAUAAUGAUAGCACUGGAACAAAUUCUAAGGCAGGCGCAACUGAUGGGGCUCAUAUGAUGCCGUCCAAUGGACUGAAGGCAGUGACGAGUGGCUCAAAUAUCAGGUCUGAGGAAGGACAAGAAUCAGAUGAUUCAAAUAGAAAUUCAAAGAGUAAUUCCAUAAGAAAAAGUCAAAUUACACAUGAAGAAUGGGGAGUAAGCUCGAGGACAACAGUUGGGUUGAGGUCCGCAAGAAAUAGGAGGACUAGUUACCACCGUGACCAUAGUCCAGUUGAUAGAAGAAAAUAUUUGAUACCAUCAGGGAAAGGAUCAUGGUUAAUGCUAUCAACACAUGAGGAGGGCUCCCGUUAUAUUCCCCAGAAAGGGGAUGAAGUUGUGUACUUGAGACAGGGUCAUCAAGAAUAUAUUGAUUACUGUGGCUUGAAAGGCUCAGGUCCUUGGACAUCAAUAAAGGAGAAUAUAAGACCAGUGGAAUUUUGUAAAGUUGAAGGCCUUGAAUAUUCUACACUUCCAGGGUCUGGAGAUAGCUGCUGUAAAAUGACGCUUACAUUCGUAGACCCUAGUUCUACCUUGGUCAAUCGAUCAUUUAAGUUAACUCUGCCAGAAGUUACUGGUUUCCCAGAUUUUCUUGUGGAAAGAACUCGAUAUGAUGCUGCGAUGCAGAGAAAUUGGACAUGCAGGGAUAAGUGCAGGGUCUGGUGGAGAAAUGAGGGUGAAGAAGAUGGUAGUUGGUGGGAUGGCCGGAUCCUGUCUGUAAAGGCCAAGUCUCCUGAAUUUCCAGACAGUCCAUGGGAGAGGUACACUAUCCGGUACAAGAGUGAUCCCACAGAAACACAUCUUCACAGUCCUUGGGAACUUUUUGAUGCUGAUACGCGGUGGGAACAGCCUCAUAUUGAUGAUGAGAGCAGAAACAAGCUGAUGUCUGCCUUUGCCAAAUUAGAUCUAUCUGGCAGUAAAGUCCAGGAUCCUUACGGGAUUCAGAAAUUGAAGCAAGUUUCACAGAAAUCUAGUUUUACCAAUAGGUUUCCAGUUCCUUUGACCCUUGACAUUAUCCAGUCUAGAUUAGAUAACAACUACUAUCGGAGCCUAGAAGCGUUCAAGCACGAUAUUUCAGUCAUGCUAGUGAAUGCAGAGUCAUACUUCGGAAAGAACCUAGAGCUUGCAAUGAAGAUAAGGCGGCUAUCGGAUUGGUUCAGGCACACGUUAUCAUCUUUGUAGCCCUCAGAAUUGUUUGGGGGAGAUCAGCAGAUGCAAGUCGAAGCGAAGCUGUCUUGUUUUCCUCAACCUCUUUCUUUUCUUUGUAGAUAAUGAAUUUUCCUUUGAAUGGGUAGGGUUUUUUUAAUUCACCGUUUCAUUAAAAUCCAAUUUUGGGUAUUGGUUCAUAAUUGGUAUAGUUUUUUUUUUUUUUUUUUGGUGGGAAAAAUUAGGGUUGUUAGGGAACUCUAGCUGGUUAAUAUGUGGAAUAUUUUCCGCUUGAAAAUUCUUUAAUUGUAUAGGCUGAUGGUACUUGAUAUUCAUCAUUCAACAAACGAAUUAAAACAUUCCAUAUGGAUUAUGCUUUUUGUUAAAAAAGAUUGUUCGGAUGAAACAAUAGAAGGCCA